AUGAGCGAGGUGGAUGGGCUGCGGCGGAGGCGGCCCCUGCGGCCGCUCAUUGUCACAGACGAUGUCCAAGUCCCCGAGGCCAAGCACGGCAGCACCUUCAGUGACCGAGUCUUCCAAAUGACUUUCUUCAUGCUUACUGUUUCCUUCACCAUUCCCUUGCUUGGUGCCAUGGUGCUGCUGGAAUCUCCCAUAGACCCACAACCUCUCAGCUUCAGAGAACCUCCUGUAUUGCUUGGUGUUCUACAUCCAAAUACAAAAUUGCGACAGGCCAAAAGGCUGUUUGAAAAUCAUCUUAUUGGCCCAGAGUCCAUAGCACAUAUUGGAGAUGCCAUGUUUACUGGCACAGCAGAUGGACGAGUUGUGAAACUUGAAAAUGGUGAGGUAGAAACGAUUGCCCGAUUUGGUGACAGCUCGUGCAAAACCCUAGAGGAUGAGCCUGCUUGUGGGAGACCGUUGGGCAUCCGGGCAGGACCCAACAGAACCCUUUUUGUGGCUGAUGCCUACAAGGGACUCUUUGAAGUAAAUCCCUGGAAUCGUGAAGUGAAACUACUCUUGUCUUCUGAAACACCAAUUGAUGGAAAGAAAAUGUCCUUUGUAAAUGAUCUCACAGUAACUCAGGAUGGGAGGAAGAUUUAUUUUACAGAUUCUAGCAGCAAGUGGCAAAGAAGAGAUUUUCUGCUUUUGAUUAUGGAGGGAACGGAUGAUGGACGCCUACUAGAGUUUGAUACUGAAACUAAGGAAGUGAAAGUCUUGAUGGAACAGUUGAGAUUCCCUAAUGGAAUACAGCUUUCUCCAGCAGAGGACUUUGUCCUAGUGGCAGAAACGACAAUGGCAAGGAUCAGAAGAUUCUACGUGUCUGGACUGAUGAAAGGAGGGGCAGAUAUCUUCUCAGAGAACCUUCCUGGAUUUCCAGACAAUAUCCGACCCAGCAGCUCUGGAGGAUACUGGGUUGGCAUGUCAACAAUCCGCUCUAACCCUGGCUUUUCCAUGUUGGAUUUCUUAUCAGAGAGACCCUGGAUUAAGAAAGUAAUUUUUAAGCUCUUCAGUCAGGAGAUGAUCAUGAAGUUUGUGCCACAGUACAGUCUUGUCUUGGAGCUCAAUGACAGUGGGGUCUUCCGAAGAAGCCUGCAUGACCCCAGUGGCCUAGUGGCCACUUAUGUCAGCGAGGCAGAGGAGCAUGAUGGACACCUGUACCUGGGCUCCUUCAGGUCCCCUUUCCUCUGCCAGCUCAGCCUUGAGUCUCUGUGA